CUGGUUACUCUCCACUAUUCCCUAAGGGAGGAGCCCUUAUGGCCUCGGAUCGCCUGAGGACUGAGGCAGGGAGCGAGGAGGAGGAGGAGGAUUUGGACACUCAGUACAUGAUAGAACAGAGUCUACGGGAGAGAAUCAACCCCAGGGAGACGCAUCGAGACACCAGCAGCCUGGACCCCGACGCCGCCCGCAGCGUCCACAUCUUCACAGCCAUAAGACAAGGUAAUGAGCGGGUGCUGAGGGAGCUGUGUGCUGGACAGACAUGUGCCUUUUUAGAGACCGACAACAGAGGAUGGAUCCCUCUGCACGCAGCUGCAGCUCAGAGCAACCAGGCCGUCCUGGAGCUCACAUAUGCAGCUUCGGGUGGGGGGAGCAUUCAGCGCCGUACGCUCAUCGGGAGAAGCUCGCUCUUCCUGGCGGUGGAACAGGGUCUUUUGGAGAACGCCGCCUUCCUGCUCCAACAUGGAGCCCAACCAGACACCCCCGACCAUGACCAAGACUCCCCGCUGGUCAUAGCCAUCCGCUCUGAUCGGUGUGACUUGGUCAAGCUGCUGCUAUCUCACGGCUGCAGCAUGAACCAGCGGGGCGCUCAUGGCAGGAUGGCGCUCCACGAGGCCUCGCGGCUCGGCAGAGUUGCCCUGGUGAAGCUGCUGCUGGAUGCUGGAGCCCAGCCGGACCCACGCAGUCACUACGGCCUGACGCCGCUCGCCCUGGCCGCACAGGGAGGUCAUGUGGAGGUGGUGGAGCUGCUGUUGACCAGAGGGGCAGACAUCUUGUCCCAGGCUCAGGAUGACGCGUCCAUCCUGUUUGAGGCGUGUGCGUGUGGAGACCCCGCCCUCAUCAGACUGCUUCUGGAGCACGGAGCCGACGUCAACGUCCCCAAACACACCGGACACCUGCCCAUCCACCGCACCUCGCACCGCGGACACCUGCAGGCCAUGGAGAUGCUGGUCCCUCUAACCUCCAUGGAGGCCGUAGACGACAGCGGAAUGAGUCCUCUGCACUCAGCUGCUGCAGGUGGACACUCACACUGCAUACAGGCCUUGCUCGAUGCAGGUUUUGAUCCCAACUCCAUGCUCCACCCCUGGGUUCGCCGUAACUACGACGAUGAGAGGAAGUCGGCGCUGUUCUUCGCCGUGUCCAAUAACGACGUGCUGUCAGUAAAAAUACUGCUAGAGGGCGGGGCCAUGCCCAACCAAGACCCUGUUAAAUGUCUGCAGGUGGCGCUGCGCCUGGGUAACUACGAGCUUAUCAACCUGCUGCUGAGGUAUGGAGCCAAUGUGAACUAUUUCUCCAGAAUCAACACGACGCACUUCCCCUCCGCUCUGCAGUACGCACUCCAAGAUGAGGUCAUGCUAAGGAUGCUGUGUAACUAUGGUUACGACGUGGCACGCUGCUUCGACUGUCCCUACGGUGACAGCUCCCAUAUACCUGAUGAUUACGAGGGAUGGACCAACACUGUGAUCAAAGAUACGAUGUUCUGUGAGGUGAUCACUGUGUACUGGCUGAAGCAUGUCUCCGGUCAGGUGGUUCAGAUCAUGUUGGACUAUAUGGAUCAUGUGACGUUCUGCUCCAAGUUGAAGUCAGCUCUCAUGGAGCAGAAACAGUGGCCUGACAUCUGCAAGGUUCAAGAGAAUGUCCGCAGUCUGCAGCACCUCUGUCGCCUGAAGAUCCGUCAGUGUUUGGGACGACUUCGCCUCCGUGCGCCCGUCUUCAUGAGCUUCCUGCCGCUGCCGGACCGGCUGAAGGACUACAUCCAGUACCUGGAGUACGACCUGUCCGGGCAUCAGAGCAGCACCGCAGGGUGAUCAGGAUAAGAGCCGGACCAAGGGCCAAGUAGAAAUGUUGCUGUAGUAAAUGGUCAAAUAUUUCUUUCACAUGUGCAGAUUUAUUCAAGCAAAACCCCAAAAAGGAGCAUUUCAAGAGUGAGCCGAAUCUUUGGACGUUAUAGAGAAACAAAAAUCUCAAAAAACCUGUUCAAGUUGUUGAACCAAAUCGAUUUGAUUUAAUUUGUAUUGCAUAUUCCUUUCAUUUCUAUGUUAAUUUAUAAAUGUAUUUGUUACAAGAGUGUAACCUUAUGUAAAAUGCUCAACACAAUGUUAUUUACUAAGACCUUAACCUUUUUCUUAAUGCCCAAAAUAUGCAAUGUAAAUGUAACAUAAGAUAAUGUAAUGCAAUAGAACAGAACAAAAGAUGCUAAUAAAUUCUACAAACAUUUUCCAGUAGUAGAUAGUACCCACUCAUGAUUAUAUUUUAUUAUAUGUAAAUUGGGAUUGGCUGAAUGAAACGAUGUUGAUUUGUGCAUUAAUAUAAGAUUAAAAAGAGCAAAAUGGAUUUGGGUUUUUGA